AUGAGAUGCAGGUGAAAUGAGCAGCUGAAGCGGCAGAUCGCCAGCGGUUCGCCAGUAUCAGCAGACUGGACGCCUUCAGCUUUCAUUUCCCGACCCUCCAGACCAUAUAUACAGACGAUUCCGACAUGAAAAACGCCGGCUCGUCUGUAUAAUACCCCCAAUCAGCCCCAUAAGCCUCUCGUCUCAUGCGCCGAGCCGCCAGUCAGCCUUCUGAGACGCUAACGCUCCGCACACAUGGAUGAGAUAUACCACAAGAUCGCCGAGUUCAAUUCACGGCGAAUCGUCCAAACACAUGACGUCCUCUCGUUCAAGUAUAGUGAGCUUUGGAGCAGGGAUGAUACUGGCAUUGUCGACUACCAUGAAGGAGUCACUACAAUACCUGAUGUCGCCUCCUGGCUGGCCAUGGAGACGCGAACAGGAACAACAGGACCAGAGUCACUAGUUCUGCGCCUGAUAUGGCCCAAGUUCAUCCUCGACGACAACUGCGUUGAGCUUCCCGAAGAUACCAAGAAUCAGGUUUUAGACAAGUUUGGUCUUGAGCUUGCAUAUAAUUACUUCUCGAGUUGUGUCGCUGGCGUCAAUGCCUUUCCUGAGAUUGUUAAGUCUGAAGCAAGCCAGCAGGCCUACACCUUUUGCUAUGCGCCUAAACUUGCGUCUAUAUGGUCACAUACUCGCUUCAGGCCACCUUAUUUGCGACCAGGUGUCACAUAUGGCAUGAUUCUGGCUGGCGAUAAAGAGCAGCAUUAUUUGAAGAAGCUUCUCAAGAGCAAAAGCAAAUGGAGCCUCAGCACAGCAAGUCAUGCCAUGUUUCCUGCAUUCCUCUUUGCUUUCAUGUUCCAUGGAGAGAUUGAGGUAACGCAGAACAACAUGAAGCCUGGCAUCCAACAGAUAGAAGCGCGGACAGGGUACUCAGACUUCAAGACUGAACGGAAACAUAUCGCGGCUGGUGAGCUAGGCACACUGAGCGCACAGAUGAGCGGAUUCGCAGUCCGCCUAGCGAGUACAGAGAGGAAGGAUAAGACGCUACAGAAGCUUCUCGAGUUUGUCCAGCAACGGCUAGGCCUUGGCCAAAGCUCGAACCCUGAAGCAGACGAGCUGAUGAAGAACCAUGUCGGCGUUCUCCAGAAACGGUUGAUGAUGCAGGCCAUGGACAGGGAGUAUACCUUGAAGAGAGUGCAAAUCCAAAUUGAUGUGUUGAAUAAUCUCAUAUCAGAGAACUACAGCCUCUCCAACUACAUCAUCUCCAUAUCCACUCUUCGCGACGCUGCCUCCAUGAAAACACUGGCGUUUGUGACAAUGUUCUUUUUACCGGGAAGUUUCAUUUCAGCUCUCUUCUCGACCGAUCUCUUCGAUUGGGAUAGUGUGCAAGGUGACGGGGGAGAUAUCGGGGUCAAAACCAAACCGCAGUUUCGGUUAUACUGGGCCGUCACCAUACCGCUCACCCUCAUCACGUUUAUUCUAUAUUUUAUGUGGGCUGAGUUCUCCAGCUUUGAUCGGAGCCAAAGAAGAGAGCGUAGAAGAUGGGGCUUUCCCAGAACUGAGAGCAUGAAGGCUCAAGAUGAAACCCGGUCACCAAUGCAAGUACUGAAAGACCAACGCGAACGUGUUAGUGAGGCGUAUGCGAUGGCAAAGAGGAGACAGACUGUCUUUGGACAAGGUGAUAAAGAUGAAUCAAUAGGUGUAAGGAAUGAAUAG